AUGACUUCCCGAGAGUCUGGCAGAGUGAAAGAUGCGGAGAAGAGGAGAGUUCUUGAUGAUGCAUCAAGGAAAAGAAGGGCAAGGAAAGCUGUUGAGGCUCUGGAGCAAGACAAUUUCCAUGAUGAUCCUCAUGCUGAUUUGGUUAUGUCCAAGAAAGUACCUAAGUUCGCAGACUCAAAUGAAAAGCCCACUAGGAAAAAGAAAUCUAAAAGUGCCGAGUACUAUAAGAUGAGGUUUCGCAAGACUUUUGCCCAACUUGUUGAGGAGGAUGCCAAUUUCAGGCCGGAGCCUCCCAAUUACCUCUCGGCACAAGUGCCACCUUCUAAUUUUCCUGAUCGUCACUUCUGCGCCGUGUGUGGGUUCCCGUCGAAUUACACGUGCAUCCCGUGCGGGGCUCGCUACUGCAGUGUGCGCUGCCUAGGGACUCACCUGGACACCAGGUGCCUCAAGUGGACCGCCUGAUUGAACUGAAAAGCAAUAAGUGAAUAUUGUUUAAGAUUUAAUGGAUGUAUGUUAAAGAACUAAAG